AUGUGGAAUGAUUUUGUAAAGCAAAAGUCCAAGCCCGAAUUUAAGGAAAUAAGAGUGAAAGCAACAGCAAGUGUGAUGAUGAACAAGAACCCGUCCCGUUUAGGCCCACAAGGGUAUCGUGGCAUGCGACCUCGAUGGGAGCAAGAGAUGGAGUCUGGUGUAUUGACAAAAGCCCACCAGAUAUCAAGCGAACGAGCAAGGGAUUAUAUAUUUGCUCGGUUAAAAUGCGAUUCCUCAGGGGCAUUGAUUGUAACACCAGAUAUGGAGCCCUUGGUGGAUAAUAUUGUAGAGAAAGAAAAGCAAGUAUCUCAAGGAGACUUGGAGAUUAGACCAGGAUCCGAUCUAUUGGUUGAGGUUUUAGGACCAGAGCAUCCUGGUCGUAUGAGGGCAAUCGGGUACAAUGUUGGAUUGAAGCAAUCUAUACUAGGGAUUAAAGAGAAAAAUAGGAAAAAACAUGAGAUACUAGAUUUGAAAGAGAUGAAGGCUAAGCAAGAGGAACAUGCCAAAUCGAUUGCUGACAUGGAAGAUAAGAUCGCCUCAUUACUACGUGAGAUUGCUAAGAAUAAUGAUGACACUGUUACAAGCCCAAGCCCAGUGGUGAACAAAACUAGUCUUGAAUCGACACCAGUGGUGGAUGCAUUAGAUAAAAUAUCAGUUCCUACAGAGUGUGAGUUGUUGCUACCUUACGGCAUGGUGCAAAGAAGAUGUGCCAAGGGACGCGUCCACCCAUUUGGAAAUGGGAUAGUACACUCGACACCUUUACAAAAAGAUCAUGUGAAGGUAUCAGUAGAUAUAAUCUAUGGUGACUAUCAUUCUCUCCAUAUUCCUGUGCCAACCAGUGAUGCUGAUAACCUAGGGGAAGCACUUUAUAGUUUUAUUCAGUGGCCAAGACAUGCGAUUCUUCUUACUAAGACCUCCUACUCGCCUCCAUCCGUGGAAAAAGAUGCAAGUCCUCCCACUAAAAAAGUUGCCUCUGUUAUGGAUAACCAGGUCCAACAAUACCAAAAAAGCAAGCAGCCAAGCGGUUGCCAACAAUUGCAAAGAGGGCAACACAAAAAUUUGUGA